AUGUUAAGGCUGAACACGAAGACUGGUGCUCCUGCCAAUCCGACCGAUUUGUCGCGUGGCGUAUUCGGCGCGACCGUAGGUAUUGAUCGCCUACUGAAACUCUGGGACAAAUACAACAUCAAAGCGACAUGGUUUGUACCAGCGCAUUCUGCUGAGUCAUUUCCACAGCAGAUACGCAAGAUCAUUGAGAAAGGGCAUGAGAUUGGGCUGCAUGGGUAUACGCACGAAUUUGUAUCUCUUUUGAGCGAGCGCCAGCAGCGAGAUGUCUUGGAAAAAUCGAUUCAAGUCUUGACGGACAUUGUAGGCAAGAAACCGCGCGGCUGGACUGCGCCUGCUUGGAGUACGAGCAGAGACACCAUUAAGCUCCUCGAAGAAUUCGGGAUCGAAUACGAUCAUUCUUUCAUGCACCACGACUCCCAGCCCUACUAUGUUCCUUCACCACAUCUCAGCACAUAUACAGAGACCGAUGUAUCAAAGCCAGCUUCCCACUGGAUGACACCCAUGUCAACGUUGAAGCCAUCUGCAGUGGUCGAGAUACCUGCGAAUUGGCACUUGGAUGAUUGGCCACCCUUUCAGUUGUCACUCACGCAGCCAAGUACGCAUGGCUUCGUCGAUACCGCGGUCAUCGAACGCCUGUGGAAGGAACAAUUCGAGUUUCUGUAUCGUGAAUGUCCAGAUGACGGAAGCUUCAUUUUCCCUAUUAGUAUUCACCCGCAGGUCAGCGGCAAGCCACAAGUUAUCCUACUGCACGAGAGGCUCAUUGAGUGGAUCAAUGGGUACGAAGGAGUAGAGUGGCUUACUAUGGAGCGAAUCGUUGACGAGUUCAAAAGCGGUAAAUUGAGCGGCGCGACUAUAGAGGGUGGGGCGGAAGUGUAA